AUGGUCCGUGACCAAAACGAGCUCUCCGAGCUCUGGGGCAAUCAGCUAUCGGGCGUGACAGAAUGUGACAGCGUUGAUGUUGACUCGAACUCAGUGCUCGGCUCUCCUCUGGACCGGAGCGCGGCUUGGCCUCUGCCCUUCGCCUGUGCCAUGGCCGAGGUGGCUCUGACCUGCGUGUCGGCGGAGGUUGAUGGUUCGAAGCCGCCACCCGGCAUGGCGUCCGUCGCGGGGAAGCUCCUUCAGCAGGUUCAGGCUUGCGUCUCACAAGCCACCAUGCCGGAGAAGUCCAAAGCCGACUUCGCCGGAUUCUAUGCCGGCUUCGAGUGCACUUACUCUUCCAGCCAGGACCUGGAGAGGCUCCCCCAUGAGCUGAAACGCUGGCCAUUCGAGCCGGAACAGCCGCCCUGGAUGGUGGGUCGACAGCAUCAGCUGGAGCUGCUGUCUCGCCUGGUGCCUGACAGGCAGCUUUUCUCGAGCAUCGGGCGGGCGCAUUUCGAGCUCCGACCGGAACCCGACAAGGAGCAGCCCACACUGCGGCUGCGCCCACUAUCGCCGAACCCCCUCAAGGUGGACGGUCGCUCCGUGGCUGCUGAGGAGUCGGGUUCCGAGGAGGUGACGCUCCGCGACGGCUCGUCUGUGAGCUUCUGCUUCCAAGGGGAGGUGUUCCUCACUUUGCAGUUCCUCAUCCGUCGGGGAGUGGAGGCAGCACCCACGCAGGAAGCCCUGCCACAGUCUUUGGACACGGUGCCCACGGUGGCGCGGUCCAGUCCCGCAGCUUAUGCCUUAGUUUGCGAUCGGCUCGCAGGAGAGACGGUGGAUCAUUUGCCAAAGGAGGAGCGGAAGAUCCUGGUCUCUUCGGAGGGCCCCACCUCCAUCGGUCGCCAGUGUCAACCAGGUUUCUUCGAAAACUUGCAGAAGCUCAGCCGGUCACAGUGGGUGUUCGUGGGCUACGUUUCCCGGACUCAUUUCCAGGUCACGGGCUUGGCCGAGGAGUUGCCUCCUUCCAAAGUCCGAUUUGAAGUGACGAACUGCAGCAGCAACCCGAUUCUCCUAGCUGGGAGAGAACUGCCAGGAAGAGGCAGGCAGGUGAUCCAGGUUGGCGACACCAUCGAACUUAUCGCCCAGGACAGCCAAGCUUACUACAGUGGAAAGGCAGUUCCCCUCCUGAAGUUUGUUGUGGCUUGGGCAGAGCCGUUCGACAAGCUCCUUUGCGGAAGGAUCUAA